CCUCCUUGCUUUGCCAUCAGCCACAGCCACUCCUCCUCAAACAUCAACUUCAUCAUCAUCAUCAUCCUCUAAAUCAGCUCUCACUCUUACUCUUUGCUUUCUACUUUAAUUUACUCUGCAACUCGCACCCCCAGUGGUCUCUUCCCAGAGACCUCUGUUGGAUGCUGUUGCUUUCAAUCCUCUUAAUAAGCCACUAAGAAUUUUAGUCCUCCUCCUCCUCUGCUUUUCUGGGAUAUGCCUUCAGCUUCUUUGAUGAACAACAAGAGCUUUGGCUUACAAUCAGCCUGCUCUUCUUUCAUGGAGAUUGACACCCAAGAGGUGGUGAAGAAGCACAAUGAGAAGCAGGGCAUCGUCACCAUUCUCGGCCCUGAUGUCGCCUUGGAGAGAAGUCGAGCUGCUUCUCUGCGUCGAACUCUGUCCGCCGACAUGUCGUCCAAGAAAUGGCUGGCACAAAAUGGAUUCUCUCCAAUGAAGAAGACUGCCUCCUCUGCAGAGCUCUGUAUGGCUGUUAUUCCUGAUUCAUCGUCUUCAUCGUCCUCGUCGGAAGGAGAAGAAGAAGACUACCACCGAGGACGACGACAUGGAAAGUUCAAUGUUUGGAGCUCUGUUCCAGACGAAAACAAGAACAAAGAGGUGGAGAAAACAGGACUAUUCGACAUCUGGAGCUCAAUAAUUUCUCAGAAGGCCAAAGAAGAUGAAGCUUCCAAAUCGGUUUCGCCUCCUUAUAUUCAUCCUCUGGUGAAAAGAUCAGCAAGCACGUUGAGUGAAAAUAGUCUGAAAAUCUGCACAGAGAGUCUUGGAUCAGAGACUGGCUCCGAUGGCUUCUCUUCUUACCCUGUUUCAGAGUCAGAGACCAGCAGUGAUGUUGAAGUAAUAUCGGAGGACAAAGAAGAAGAUGAACAAUCUGAUCAGAAACAGCCACAGAUCGUAUCUGAUAUUGGGGACAACCAUCAUGGAGGAGGAGAAGGUGGCAGUACCAGAAAAUCAGUACUAGCUCCUCCUCGAUCAUUCCCUCCUCCAAUUUCAUCUCUUUCUCAUUCCGAUGGAGCUUCUCUUCGCAUGCUAACUCGCCGAGACAAUGGCCGUCUUGUCCUUGAAGCUGUUUCUGUCCAUUCUCAGAGAAACUUCCACGCAGAUCGACAAGAUGGUCGCCUUGUUCUCACUUUUCUCAACACCAACACUACUACCUCCUCUGCUGUUGUUGACGGUGUUGAUGAUCAAGAAAAUGAGGAAGAGUUUGAUGAGAAAUUUGUAAACUUCGAGGAAGAUGAAAAAGAAGAAAAUAACAAAACAGAGGACGACGACGACGACGACGAUGAUGAUGAUGAUGAUGAUGGAGAGACUCAUGAUGAAGAAGUUGAAGUUGUAGUUGAAAAAGAAAAGGGAACGAGAGGAAUUGAAAUUGAAAUGGAGGAAGCACCAAAAUUGUGCAUCAAUUUCCAUGGGUUGUCACUAAUGAUGAGCAAUAAGCCAAUUGGGUUAGCAAAUAUGAAGCAGCCAUGGCCAAGGAAGUUCAAUGAAGCAGCAGCUGUCAAAUUGGAAGAAGAUGACCAUCAUCAUCAUCAUCAUCAUCACCAUCAGAAGAAGAAGAACAUGGUCCCAACCGCACAGUCACUCCCUCCUCGGCCGCCUCCUCCAGCAGGGGCUCGGAUGAUUCCUUCUUCUCCUGUGAACGAGGCCAAAGCAACAGCAGCAGCCUCUUUCAAUGCCUAUGAGUACUAUUGGCGUGGCAACUCCACAGCAACUACUACUCAUCAUGCGGCUCUGAAGCCUCUUGAGAAAAACACUAACACAAUUGUUAUCUCCAAGAAUGAAUUAAUGGCACACCAUGAAGAUGACCUCCAUGAGCAUCAAAAUUUGGUGGUUCUGAGAGGGAACAAGGCUGAUCAUUUGGUUCCCUUGUUAAAGGGUUGCAAGAAGCCAAGAAGCUGCACUUCUCUUCUGUUCUGGGAGCCUCAUUGCAUAGCCACCUCCUGAUUUCUACACUUGAUCAAGAAUUUUAAUUCUUCUAAUAUAAUUACAUAUAAUAUCCCACUGUUAAUCCAAAUUUUAUAAGCCUGAUUAAUAAUAGUUAUAUAAAUAUUAUAUCAUUCACUCUA